AUGCUGAAAAGUACACCUCUUGUUCCUGGCCCACUUCCUGAGCCUGUGCCUCUAGGUCCAGAGAGCUCUGCUCCUCCGGAUGUCGUUGUAGACUUAAAACGUCCAUUUCCUGCACCACCAGAUGCCAGAAGACCAGAAUUACUGUUACUAGUGCUUAGAAAGCGCUGUCCACCCGGAGGAAGGGACCCGCCACCUCCAAAUGCAUGGCGUGUGGCAUGUGGAGGAGGCGGAGGUGGCUGUAACAAAAAACUGCGGCCUGGCCCUGCAAGCCCAGAACCCACUUGGCCUUGGGAAGCGGCAGCAUUGGCGGCUGCAGCAGCUGCCAAAGCACCGCCGCCUGCAACCUGCAGGACCAAAGAGAAAUAUAUGAAUAAGGUAGAAAACUACAGAUCAAGAGAUGUGGAAAUAUAA